AUGUCGUCGUGGGUUGUCUCCACCACCGAGCUAAGGGAUUGCGGCACCACUGGUGCAUCCACCUCAUAUCCGCGUCGUCGCCACCAGCGUUUGAUCCUUUUGGUGUGGCACAACCUGGCGGAGAAGUGUCAAAAGUUCGGGAACCUUCUCAGACGCGAGACGAACAAACCGUUGCCCAAAGAGCUGCGACGAUCGUUGCGUCUCAAUAAAUCGGCGCGUCGGAAAGGCUAUAACAGCUGCGAAAGCGAGGCAGAUAAAAGAUUAAUGAAAGAGCGUCUUAAUGACCCCGCCUACAUAUCCGUUCGCAUGGGACCUGCCUACGACUAUAGACCCUCCAACUAUUGAUUGAUCAAGGAAUAUAUGUGCAUUUAUAUAUAAUGCUAUAAGGAAACGUCGAACUUCGAAUUUAAAAUUCAAAGCAUUUAUCUGUAAUGUUAAA